AUGUCAUCACGUUAUCGCGAGCUCAUCGCGAUUUUUGGUGAAUUUCUCGAGGAAAAUGAUUUCCAUGUACGAAUUUCGAUGGAUAGGGUGGGGGAGGUGAAGACCCUAUUCAGCGCCAAAACAAUUCCGGUCGAGAGUGAAACGGAGGCCGCAAUUGAAGUCGUCACUAUCGAGGCGGCACGCCGCCGUGACGCACUGCGCCGUACAUGCAAUGCGGUGCUUCGGACCCGACACUCAGACCAGCACGUGGAUGUUGGGACCAUAGUCGCCGAUGAGGAGGAACGACUGGCCUGGAAGUUUCUCAUUGGCGCAUUGGCAGCAAAAAAUUCUGAGAUUCUCCCUGUUGUUGAGGCAGAACUGCUGCUUGCGGCGGUGGAAUAUCACUAUGCCACCGCCCGGCCAGAGUUGUGCGACAUGUUUGUCCACCUGAGCGCAAGUGAAAUGUUCUUCAUUGAUGGGGAUUCACUUUUCAUGGCCGCACUAUCCCCGCAAAGCGUGGACUGGGACCUUAUCCAACCAUUGCAUGUCAUUUACAAUGCGCAAAAGCUUUUGUAUGACAUGCAUUGUCGUGGAGCUCGUUUUCACGUUGUCUUUUUUGACAGUUUGUUGUGGAUAUGGGAGUCGGCACCUGCAAAGCUCUUUAUGCGUGAAAACCUACGUAAAACAUUGAUGUCUCUGUCCGAAAAUGACGCGAAGGUUGGUCUCUCAAUAUCCAACUUUUCCAGUUAUUACUCGGAGGCCUUUGAGACGUACGUCAAACAGUGGGAACCGGAGUUCAUUUUAAUGUCCGAUGGAGAGCAGCUGGGUAGACUUAAUCCACUGCAAGCCUUUUUUGUGCGCCCAUCCGCGGCAAACAACACUCACGAUUCCAGAAGGAAGGCGAACUACACGGAUGCCGAUGAGGCAAAUCCGUACCGUCUCAGGCGACAGUACCGGAGUAUAGUGGAGGAUGAGGCAGUCGGUGACAAGGCGGCUUUGUACUACCGGUGCAUCCAUCUUUGGGCAGCGACACGACGGCUGAAAGUGGCAUACUCCUCCCGUAUCAUCUACAAGGAAAACGCCAUGGUGGUAUUUACCGUUCGCGUAGACGGUGCGAGCUUUGAGCGUGCAGUGACUAUUGAGUCUGACGUGCAGGCAUUGGCUCAGUCAAUGGAACACGAGGUACAACUUCCUGCUAUUUCUUCUGCAUCUUUGGGAUUACUGGAUGAGGAGGAUUUGUCCUGCCGUGAACGAGUAGUGUAUGCCGCCUUGCAUGCCUACUUGAGGGCCAGUGCGAGGAGCGAACAGGAACAUCAGCUUUGCCAGGCACUUGCCAUUACAACAUACAUUACAGGGUAUCUAAAUAAGGAGGCUCGGGCGCAGCAAGUCCGACCCAACCCUAUCCUUGCAGGCUUCUUGAAUGAGAUAUCACCGUUUCUUCUUGCUGUAUGGCGUCAUGCUGAUUGUACUAACGGUAAUGGGCAGGAGUUUGACCUUAUUGAUGGCCACCUAUUCUCAGCCGUUUCUCAGCAGUUGCGCACAGCGUCAGUCUCGGAGUUGUUUGACGAGUAUGGUGUUGAAGACAUCGAGUCCACAUGGGGUGUUUUGGACGAUCAAGGAAGUGCGGAUAUUGUCAACGCACCGCUUUCGUAUUUGCCAGUAAUUGACUCUGUGGAUGUGGAAAAACUGCAGCCGUAUCCGCUCAUCACGCAUGAGUUGGUGGAGCGCCUUGCAAAGGGGUUUGGCAUUUCGACACAUCGUGCAGAUGCGCCUUAUCCAACUGAUUUUGGCGCCGCAAACGAACUCGCCGGAUGGGACAUUACAACACCGUUUGACAGGCUCAAUGAUGUGAUUGAUGCUGAGGGAGACGCGAUUGCGAAGAGCAUGAUGACCGAGAAGGAAGCCAAAAAUGUGCAGGAGUACUAUAAAAAGUUUGUGCGUAAUGCUCUUAAGCAGGCGCAGUCCAUGGGAAUUAGUGGGUUUGCGGCCCAUGAACUGGCCAUGGUUUGUUCAGACAACGACUCGGAUGAUGACGCUGGCGGUAACAGCGCCAACAAUAAAACUGCAGGAGCCAAGAAGGUAAAUAAGGAGCACGCGGGGCAGCGCAACAAGAAGGAGCGCAGUAAGGAGGAUGAGAUUCGUGAGCGCAGUAACGUUAUUGCUGCCACUGCCACUGUCGCUGAAUGGCACAAGCAGAUGAAUCACCUCCUGCACGCUGUAGACAUGAGCCACGGACGCACCACCAAUAGGGAUCGUGACGAGUCGAUUAACACCAUCAUGGCAGCCAUCAAGCGGCUCUCUCAGGAAAAGUUUGGAAAAAACUUUGACCCAGGGUACACGCUUGGUGGCUCCACGAACACUGCGGUUCCCCUCAAACUUGAGAUGUGGCGUUUGCUUGUGGCUGCCAGUCAGCUGCGGGAAGUCGAGUUUGCCUUUGCGAUGGAGGAUCCUGCACUGAAGGAUAGCAAAGGUGCUAGCAAGAAAAAAGAUAGCAAGUCAGAAUACAAGAUGCUUUAUGGCUUCCACGUCAUCAAUCAAUUUGUGGAGCGGGAAGCCGUCAAGGGAAAUCACUGGGGACAGCUGGAUCCAUUGCGAAAGGCAAAGCCCGAUAUGACAAUUGUGGAGGCGAGAUCAUAUUUGCGUUGGGUUUACCUUUCCUUUGUGGAAAUGCACAUUCAGUUGAAGCUGAAAUGCCGUGUUGUGAAACUUCAACUUGAAAACUGGCGCGCGGAACGAGAGCGUGCACGUUUGGCCCAAGAAUCACCAAAGAUUGCUCUUGGUAUUCCUCUCUUUUUGUAUUGUCACCACCAUGUGUUGGCCGUGAUUCGCGAUGAGGGUCCGCGGAUGUCUUCGGAGGAUAUUGACACGGUGCGCUCUGCCCUCAAGCACUUUGAUCUCCCGGAUUCAUACUAUAACAAGCUUGACCAAUGCAUUGCACGUUGGCAGAACAUGACACUUGGAACCCUGCUGCCGAGUCUUCUUCCACAGGACAAGCAACUUUUUGAAACGCCUGAGAUGCUUCAAUUAAUUCACAUGGGGCACUUGUUAGAGCGUCCCUUCGUGCGGGAGCAUGAUUACCGUGUUGCCUUCAAUCCCGAUAACUGGCAGCGGGAGCUUCUAGACAUUGUUGACGGCCGCGGCAGUGCGGUGGUCUGUGCUCCCACCUCUGCUGGCAAAACCUUUAUUUCAUACUAUUGUAUGUAUAAGGCCCUGCGACGCACAAAUAAAAAGGUCGUUGUGUACCUUGCCCCGGCACGUGCACUUAUUAAUCAGGCGGUGGCAGAUGUAUGCGCCCGUUACGGCUCCAAGAAGUAUAAGAAUCCCGGUCGAUACAUUUAUGGGGCGCUUGGUGGUGCGGAUUACCAUCAAUUCCAUGACAGCUGUCAGGUGCUCCUUACCGUGCCCGAGACCUUUGAAACGAUGCUCCUGUCGCCCAAAUACACGGAUUGGGUGGAGCUGAUCGACUAUGUUAUUCUGGACGAGAUUCAUUCGAUGGAAAGCAAUGGAAACGGUGACGUGUGGGAGCGCAUCUUGGCUCUUCUUCCCUGUCCUUUUGUUGCGCUAUCCGCCACGUUGGGUGAGACGCAGCAGUUAUGCAGUUGGCUAAACCGAGUACAGGGUCGUUUGAAGGAACAGACAGAAGAGAUGUCUGGCAAGAUGCGUGACUUUGAAGUACAUUUAUUGCCCUCCGAGGGGAAAAGCAUUCAACGGUGGAAUGACAUCAAGAAGUACAUUUACCUUCCACCUCCUGGAGCUGCGUUGACGCAGAAAAAAAUUAAGGCCCAGUACAACAAUUGCUACAUCAGGGACCUUCACCCGUUAUCCAUCCUCACGGCAGAUCAGCUUCAACGUGGAUUUCCCCCAGACAUCUCACUUGUGCCAAGCGAAGUCGUGUCUCUCUUUGAGAAGAUGCAUUCAAAAUUCAAUGAGGUUGUCUGGCCCAAUUAUUCUUCAUUGCAGUUGGCAAAAACCUUGCGAGCUCAAUUGAUGUUAAUUGAACCAAGUAAAUAUUUCGAGGCAGAGACGUACAUUACACAGGAACGUGCACGGCAGUACGAAGCCGAGGUGAAAAAUGCUUUUGCAUACUGGGCUUAUUUGGGCCAUGAAGGCUGCGAACUUCCGGAGAACCUCGUGGAGGAGGAUUUGGAUGACUUUAGUGCAAGCAUGAAUAUGGCGGUGGAGAGUAUUCUGCGUACCUUUGCCCAAAAACUGAACGAAGAUGAGGCGUUACUUGAGCGCCACGCGGCCGAUGGAAUGGAAAAGAAGAAGCGCAUGCUGCUACGACAACAACACCUACAACUACUACAACAACAAGAACAGGAAAACGAACCGAAUCAGGAGGAGUCGAUGGAGCAAAAGUCCGAGGAACAAGGCGGGGCCCAGGAAGAGGAGCAGGAAAAGGAGACCGUGGGCUCCGUCUCCUUUCCGGGAUCGCGGCAGUUUAUCCGGGAGCACAUCUUAAAUGUCUUGCGUGAACUCAUAGCGCGGGAUAUGGGUCCCACAAUAGUUUUCAGUUUUGAAUCGGAAGACUGUGGCGACCUUGUAAAGUACGUUGUGGAGCAACUUGAAGAGGCCGAGUCACGCUACCGAAAGACAAACGAGUUCGCGCUAUACAAAGCCCGCAUAGAGCGCGCCGCUGCUGCUCAGGAAGCACGAAGAAAGCAGCGUGAGUCGACGCUCAAACAGAAGCGUCUAACGACUGGAGAUGAUGGCGACGUGGAAGUGGCGGAUCGCGAUAUGAGUGAUGGUGAAGGUGAGGAUGAAUUAUUUGUUGUCCCCGAUGUAUUACCCGAGUUCACAUUUAUCGGCGAGAAGUGCACAGUGGAGCCUGAAGUCGUGGACUCACUUAUGGAAGACUGUGAGAAGGAAGGGGAGGAUCUCCUCCUUCGUGCCCUACAACGCGGUAUUGGUAUGCAUCAUGCCGGUGUAAAGGGCAAACUCCGGGCACAUGUGGAGCGUCUCUUCCGAGGACGUCACUGUGGUGUUAUUUUCUCCACAGAAACCCUGGCGCUGGGUAUUCACAGUCCCUGCCGCUCUGUUGUCCUGGCGGGAGACCAUAUUCUUCUUAACCCCACGCAAUUUCGUCAAAUGAUGGGUCGUGCAGGACGUCGCGGCCUCGAUUAUUUGGGCCACCUGGUAUUCCUGGGGAUUACCAUGCGACGUAUCAAACGGCUCAUGACAAGCAGCAUGACGGUCAUCAAGGGGAACGUGCAGAUGGACCCAAUUUCCAAUCUUCGUCUGCUUCAGCUUUACGAUUUUAAUACACUCCGUCAUUUGAAGAAUGAGGCAGGGUGGAAGACGCAUGUAUUAAAGCUAGCGGAGCGUUUAUUUGUAAAUCCACUUUUUUUUCAAGGACGCAAUUCUGUUGCAGGAGGCAAUAUGGAAGGUUUUACAGUGGAGUGGUUGCAGAUGUUGCUGGGAUACUUCCAAAGGGAGGGAUUACAUUUCAGUGAUCAUGCUUCUUCGCUGGGUUCAAUCCUACAAGAUGCAAUGUACGUUUUUCGGGAGGCCCAUGUGGGCAAUGAAGGGUUCAGCUUCAUUCGUAUGCUCACUUCGGGUGUCUUUGACAAGGCACACUACUCACCCCUGUAUGACAAAAAACUGAACAGUGGUGUCCUGGAUGAACCUCUUGCCGAGCUCCUUGCAUAUCUCUUUUCUACACACCAGACGUGUGGUGUGCCGCUGGAGAUGCAUCGUUCUGCUCUUCUUGACCCUGCCGUAAGUACUCUGUGGGAGGGUAAAACAGGUCCAACACAACACCGAGCCGUGCUCUCUCCCAUUGACGUGUGUUCUCCCACUAUACAUGCUUUUGAUAACACGGACUUUUUUGCGUUGCUCUCUGCCUUCUACAAUUAUUUGGCAUCUCACCUGGCACCUCAAACCGGCGCCGCCCUCCGUCUUCCUUGCAUGAAAAGCACCAAUAAAAAGUGCCGCAUUUUUGGAGGUGGGUCGACGGAGUUCCUACUCAAGCAGAAACUUCAGGAAUCGUCCGUCCCAUACAAGGCCCGAUCCCCAUUUGUGGCCAUAAGUGGCUGCGGCGAUCUCUUCACCUCCGUCGAUGACGUCACAUUUACGCUUCGUGACGGCCUUUAUUGCGAUCGGACUUUGCUUCCCAUCCUCGACUUGGCGGACGGUUGGCGGCACGACGGGGCACAAAUUCUCAUCAAUGCCUGUCUUUUGGACUUUCUUCGUGCAAAGGCGCAGAUUGACACGACACGCAAAAACUAUCGCUUCACUCUGCUGGAGGAACUCAACGGCCUCUCUCAGUCUCUUUCCUACGCCGUGCUGAACCGGGCCGAGAAGAUUCUGUCCAACCUGGCCGGUUUGGUGCGACCAACCAAAUUGCCGCGCGCGAAGGUGUUGACGGCCAUCAUGCCGGAUGAGUCCGAAGAGGGCAUUUUCAUGGCAGGGGCACCGCGUCUGCUGGAGGUUGCGGAACGUCUGAAUUCGCUCCAGCCACAAAUCCAGAAACGGCUUGCGGAGGAGUUGCUCACAGCCAAGUGGGCAAAGAGGAUAAGCGAGAUGAACGCGCAGCGCAAAGAUUAG